AUGGAAAAACGAGUUCAUCAUGAUUCUUGUUUUGUUUUUCUUAAGCAUAUAAAGUUGGGUCAAUUAACAACACUUCGAAUAGGUCACGAUAAUAGUGGUAAAAUGCCUCGAUGGAAUAUUGAUCAUGUUCUUGUUCGAAAUCAAUUCACUGGCAGUGUUUAUCGAUUUCCAUGUCGACGAUGGUUAGGCAAAGGCAUUGAUGAUGAUACAAUGAAUUUUUUUGAUUCUGAUUCAUCAUCUCAAUUAAUGACAACAAGCUUCAUCGAUGGAGGAUCUCAAGCAAGUUUAUCAACUCUAGGACGAUCUCAAUCGCCUAGUUUACGACGUGUCAAUUAUCGGAAAACUCAAUCAACUCAACUUGCUGAUGAUAUUUAUGAAUUGUUGUGUCAAUCUAUUAAUCAAUUAGUUAAAUAUUUCCAUGAUGCAGAAAAAAAACAUACGAAAACGGAAAAGAUAAUUAUUUGUUAUAUAAAUGGUGUUCGAUCAAUUGAAAAAGCUCUUCCUACAUUUGGUAAAGAUGGUCGCUUUCAAAGUUGGCGUUGUUUACCUUGCAAACUUCAUCUAUUAUCAUAUUGGUUUCAAUUAUUGAGUCAAUGUAGUAAUGCAUGUCUAAUACAAUUUGAUGAUCCAUUGAAUAAUAGCUUCCGUAAAGAGAAACUUAAUCCAUUUAUUAUCAAUAUUUUAGAACCUGUGAGAGAUUUUGAUUUUUCUCAUUUGAAACCCGCAUUGCUCAAAGGAAUUGCUGACGUUUGA